AUGGCUUCGAAGAAGGACAUGCGGAGGCCGGACCUGGUCAUCCCCUAUGUUGAUCCGCCCAAGGACAAGAACGAGGCCGAUAUGUCGGGUGCCAUGUCGAGCACGAUGCCUAUGGCUGCGAUGUUCACUAGAAAUAGGGUUUCCCUUGUCUUUUCUCUCCAGACCUGGCUAGCCGAGUCCCCCGAGCAGAGGAAGACGGCGAGUACACCAGCCUAUAUGUCCGUCUUCAUGUCGCUGAUGGCCCUCGUUGUCACAUACUUCCCUCUGUUCCUGCCUCCUGCCGCACCUCGCAACGCUGCUGCGACUCCAAUUCCCGUCCCGUCAGCAUAG